AUGAAGAUUCUGAAGAAGGGGAAAGCGAACAGGCAGGACUUCAUUAGUGAAGUGGCUACCAUCGAAAGAAUUUACCAUGUUAAUGUGGUUGGUCUCAUUGGUUUUUGCUGCGAGGGCUCUAAACAAGCUAUUGUUUACGAUUUCAUGCACAAUGGGUCUUUGGAAAAGCACAUUUUUUCACAAGGAGGACAAGGGACUUCUCUUGAUUGCAAGGAAGUGUACAAGAUUGCUCUUGGAGUGGCUAGAGGGAUUGAGUAUCUUCAUCGAGGAUGCAACAUUCAAAUUUUGCACUUUGAUAUCAAGCCUCACAACAUUCUUCUCGACAAGGAUUUCAACCCAAAAAUUUCUGACUUUGGGCUUGCCAAAUUGUAUCCCACGGAGUACAACACUAUAUCCAUGACUGCUGCAAGAGGAACUUUAGGAUACAUAGCUCCAGAGCUGGUCUAUAGGAACCUCAGGGGCGUCUCUUACAAAGCUGAUGUCUACAGUUUCGGUAAAUUGCUGAUGGGAAUGGCUAGUGGAAGGAAGAAUAUGGAUGCCAAUGUAGAGCAUUCAAGCUAGACGUACUUUCCUAUAUGGGUUCAUGACCAACUCUGCGAAGGAUUGGACGUUCCCAUAAAAAACGUCGGCGAGGAGGAUAGGAGUAUUACAAAGAAAAUGAUGAUAGUUGGUCUUUGGUGCAUUCAAUUGAAUCCGGGCUACCGCCCUGCGAUGCGCAAAGCCUUGAAAUGCUGGAAGGAGAAGUAGAUGACCUACGAAUACCUCCGAAGCCACUCUUUUAUCCAGCAGAAUUGUCAACAAGGGAUGAUGGAACUUGGACUAACAAUGGCGAAGCGACUGGAUCCACUUCAUCAACUAGUGCAUUAACUUAUGAUGAUUCUCCUCUUGAGCAGACUUUGAGUGGUAUUACACAAGCAUAGGCACAUAUCAAAACCCUUUGAUCCUGUGAUAUACGUGGCAAA